AUGUCUUCAAGAAGGUCAUUGACAUUACAUGAAAUUGCUACAGUUCUUGAGGAAGAUGAUGAUUUUAGCAACCAGAGACAAGAUUUUGAUAUUUUUUUACUUCCACCUGACACCGCCAAUGAUUACCAAACUGACGAGGACUCGGGUGAAGAAGAUAACGUCAGCAUAAAUAAUUUGCCUGGAAGUUUGCUUCGAGCUCCAGCGGAGCUUGCUGCCUCAACCUCAAUGGAAAAACCAGAAACUGAGGACCAAACCCCUCCCGAAUUUCAAGAACCUUUAAAAAAACGUGUCAUGAAUUACAAUUGGCGAAAACGAGACUUGCAGCUAAGACCUAUUGUUUGGAAACCCCUUUAUCAUACUCCUAUUGAAAGAAGCCCGAUAGAAUGGUUUUCUUUAUUAUUUUCAGAAGAAGUAUUUGAGAUGCUUACUAUUGAAACCAAUAGAUACUUAGCACGUAAGCUUCUCUCUGCUGACGUCAAGAUUGAAGAGAUGAAAUGUUUGGUAGGGAUUUUGUUAGUCAGUGGCUACUGCCAAGUGAGCAGAAGAAGAAUGUACUGGGAAAAUGCAUCUGACUCAAGAAAUAGUUUGAUUGCUUCAGCCUUGUCUCGAGAUAGAUUUACACUAAUUUACUCUAAUAUUCAUGUUGCUGAUAAUCUAAAUUUAGAUACAUCCGAUAAAUUUGCAAAAGUUCGUCCUUUAUUAAAAGUUUUAACUAUGAGGUUUCUUGAGCACUGUCCACAUAAGGAGAAUCAUAGUGUUGAUGAGGCUAUGGUCCCAUAUUUUGGUCAUCACGGCUGCAAACAGUUUAUUAGAGGCAAGCCUAUAAGAUAUGGAUACAAAUUAUGGGUUGGUGCAACAUCAGGAGGUUACAUUGCAUGGUUUGAACCAUACCAAGGUGCUUCUACAUUUACGAAUGCCCAAUAUUCCCAGCUUGGUCUUGGUGCAAGUGUGGUUUUGUCUUAUGCAGAUCAACUAGCAACAUUAGGCUAUGGAAAAAACUACCAUCUCUUCAUAGAUAACUUUUUUACCGGUUUGCCUUUGGUUCAUGAACUUACUGAGAGGGGAUUUCGUGUAACUGGUACUAUCAGAGAAAAUAGAUCUGGAAAGUGCCCUCUAUUAAGUAACAAAGAAGCAAAGACAAAAGAAAGAGGCUUUUAUGAUUAUCGCAUAUCUGAUGAUAUUAUAAUUUGCAAGUGGCAUGACAAUAGUAUAGUGUCAGUAUGCUCUAAUGCAGUUGGUGUUGAUCCUGUCCACAAAACUGAACGCUAUUCUCAGCAACUAAAAAAGAAAAUAUCUGUUUCUCAACCUCAUCUCAUUCAACAAUACAAUAAAAAUAUGGGUGGAGUAGAUUUAUCAGAUCAGAAUAUAUCGUCAUUGCGAACUAGCAUUCGAGGAAAAAAGUGGUAUAUGCCUCUGAUUCUCCAUUGUAUAGACAUGUCUGUACAAAAUGCAUGGCUGCUGUACAGACAUAAUGGAGGGAAUAUCGACUUGCUAAACUUUCGACGUCGUAUUGCAAACUAUAUUAUCGAUUGUAAUAAACAACGCGAAAGGCCAGGUCCUAGUCGACCAUCUUCAAUAACAUCAGACUCUCGAUACGACGGCAAAGAACACUAUGUCAGCAAGCAGGAAAAGAGGACCAGUCUAGCCUCGUCCCACAUUGACACUUGUCUUGAAAAGAUGCCAGAUUUACCAAACUGUCCGCUUUCUGAUGUUGACGUUAUUGCAAGAAUACAUUCUGAACCUGAACCGAAAAAGUAUAAAUCGGGUGACGGGAACAAAGACAAAUUGGAAUCAUCACUGACUGAUGAUGAAAAGAAUUUCCUAAAAGAAGUCGAAGAAAAAUUUGGUGUUAAAUCCGAGAUUCCAGUUGAUAAUUCGAAAAAUAUAUCAGAAACAACACAAAAACCUCCUUUACCAGCUGUAAUUGCUAUCGAAAUUGUAAACGAUACAGACUCAAGUGUAAAAGGAAAGAGAACUAUAGAUGCAAAUCUAGGUUACGGAUACCAAACUAAUAAUGGAUACACGUAUACGUAUUUUGGAAAGCCAAUGCAGGAAAAAGGCAAAUUUAUGAUCUAUCCAUAUUCUCAACAUGAUAUUCCAUCACAAUAUGAUGGACAUAGCGCUGGGUAUUCGCAGCAGUCGACAAAUGAGUAUUCACAGGGAACUAGUGUAGAAAUUCAACCUUCACAAGCAUUUGAAUUAGUGUCAGUUAAAGAUAGUAACGAAAAUUACGACACAAAUUCGAAAUCAUUAGAAUCUACACAAACUUAUCCAAAAAACCUGCCUUUAUUCCACCCAUCUACUUUAUAUACAACGUAUGAUGGUGAAAGGCUCUCAGGCCUAAGUGGUCACUUUCCAAGCUUGAUGUCGAAUUAUUUCGUUCAACCGAAGCAACUUCUCACAAAUCCUCAAUACCAAAACAUUGGUUUAACUCAGGACCAUUUGAGUACUAGUGGCUUAGAUCAAAAUCGACCUGUAGUCCCUGUUUUAGUUUUAAGGAUACCGAGUUCCUAUAUAAAAAAUCCUACCGCCGAAUUGUAUGCAAACUUGCCAAACAAUUACCCUCUUUCACAUUAUUUAAAUAAUGUUAAUCUACAAGGUCUCAUAAAUCAAUAUUUUAAGAAGAAUGGUUACGAUUUUGCUCCCCAAGUAACAACUUAUCAAAAUCCUAAAAUAACAACUUCUGCUAUAACGCCAACGGUGUCAUCAUCAUCUUACAAUUCCGAAUCACAACAGUAUUCGAAUCCACAUGUCCAGCCAUCAUACACUCAAUCUGAUUAUUCUGGUAUUCAGUAUUCUGCAGUGAAACCAGUCAUGGCUAAAUAUCCUUCAAGUUUCAGUAGACAAAAUCAUUUUAGCUCACGAAUUCCAUCUCACUAUAGAAGGCCCGCACAACAACAGAAAAACGAAUACCGUUACCAAUAUGUACCACAGUUAGCGACUCACACACAAGCCUACUAUGGGCAGUCAUUACAUCAAAACCAUCAUCAAUCAUCAGAGCCACAACAUGAACAAACAGGAGAUCCAAAAUAUUCAACUAGUCAUGACACAAAUAUCAAUUCUGCGCAAUAUGACAGCAACACACCAACUCAAUUAUCUGCAGAAGUACCGGAAAAUUCUAAUAUCUAUACACCACACUACGAAUACACAAAAGACAGCCAAGAAACUUACAGCCCUCAACAAACUUUAUCACAAGGCUAUUCUAGUCAAACACUGCCUGGCUACAGCUCUUCUCAACACAGUAACGAAUUCUACUCGCAAAAGCAACCUAUACAAACAGAAACAGUAAGUGCGUAUCCCUCUGAAGUUGCAAACGUAGAACAAGGGCAACUAUCUUAUUCUGUCUCGAGUGAAACGCAAGGAUACGAGUAUCCAAAACCAAGAGAAGAGAAUGUUGAAAAUUCUUACGUUAACUCGGAAAAUUACCCUAAUAAGGAUCAUACUAUCGCGACUGUACUACCUUACAAUUAUAAGCAAGCAAAAAGGCCAAAUACCGCGACCGUUCAGACAGUAAGUUAUGUUACUCCAGCUCCCUAUUCAACUAAAUAUCAAUCGCGUUACAAAGUAAUGGUUCCGCAGAUUGUACUUAAAAGCCAUGAUGUUGAAAAAGUAACGUAUGUAAACUCCAUGCCAAUGCACUAUACAAAAUCUGGAUAUCACAACCAAGACUAUAAUGCUGAAGAAGGGUAUACUGCAGGGACUCAAUACAUUCCACAUAUAGAUAAGCAAAAGCCUACUUCUUACCCCAGAAAUUAUCAUUCUUAUAUGAAGCGUAUGACAAGCCCCAACAAUAAGUCUGAAGGGAGUGCUGUAUCUUCAUUGAUGUAUAAGAAACAAAAUGAAAAGAAAACUUCUUCAUAA